UGUUGAUCGUCACGAGCAGUCGAUUCAGCUCAUUGAAGUUCGUCGCAGUGGCUGUGAAAUCCAAAUCAAAUCGAAUCCUCGACUAACCCAAUAAUUGCAAUUAAUUAAGAAAUUUUCGGUGCGUGUUUGUUGCUUCCGUUGUGACAAUAAUUAAAAGCUUCCAAACUAAUUCUGUAAGAACGCAAGAAUUAAUUAAGAAAAAGUGUGCAAAACUAUUUAGUAGUAAAUCUUAACGGUUUGUGAGCUCUGCCGGUGGAGCUAUGAUGACCACGACGACCUCGCAGCACCACCAGCACCACCCAAUCAUGCCGCCAGCCAUGCGCCCCGCCCCCGUUCAGGAGAGUCCUGUCUCACGCCCCCGCGCCGUCUACAGCAUCGAUCAGAUCCUGGGCAACCAGCACCAGAUCAAGCGCAGUGAUACUCCCAGCGAGGUGCUGAUUACGCAUCCCCACCACGCUCAUCCCCAUCACAUCCACCAUUUGCACGGCAGCAACAGCAACGGCAAUGGGAGCAAUCAUCUGUCGCAGCAGCAGCAACACCACCAGCAGCAUCAGCAACACCAGCAGCAGCAACAGCAGCAGCAUCAGCAGCAGCAGCAGCAACAAUUGCAGGUUCAGGCGAAGCGGGAGGACUCCCCAACGAACACGGACGGCGGACUCGACGUGGAUAACGAUGACGAGCUGUCCUCCAGUCUGAACAAUGGCCAUGAUCUCAGCGACAUGGAGAGGCCGCGAAAAGUUCGAAGAUCUCGCACAACAUUUACAACGUUUCAAUUGCAUCAGCUGGAGCGAGCCUUCGAGAAGACCCAAUAUCCCGACGUUUUCACAAGGGAGGAUCUCGCCAUGCGCUUGGAUUUGAGCGAAGCACGCGUGCAGGUUUGGUUCCAGAACCGUCGGGCUAAAUGGCGCAAACGUGAGAAGUUUAUGAAUCAGGACAAGGCCGGCUACCUCCUGCCCGAGCAAGGUCUGCCAGAGUUUCCGCUGGGCAUUCCCCUGCCGCCGCACGGACUUCCAGGACAUCCGGGCUCGAUGCAGUCGGAGUUCUGGCCCCCGCACUUCGCCCUCCACCAGCACUUCAAUCCCGCUGCAGCCGCCGCCGCCGGCUUGUUGCCCCAACACUUGAUGGCCCCGCACUACAAGCUGCCCAACUUCCAUACCCUGCUUUCCCAGUACAUGGGUUUGAGCAAUCUCAACGGGAUUUUCGGAGCGGGAGCAGCGGCUGCAGCAGCGGCGGCUUCGGCGGGUUAUCCCCAGAAUCUGUCGCUCCAUGCGGGAUUAUCCGCCAUGAGCCAGGUGAGCCCGCCGUGCAGCAACAGCAGUCCACGCGAGAGUCCCAAGUUAGUGCACCAUCCCACGACGCCCCUGGCCACGCCCCCUGCUUCGGGAGGUAGUGGAGGUGGAGGAGGAGGGGGAGGUGGAGGUCUGGGGGGAGCCACCUUGAUCUCCGGCGGUCUGAUCUCAACGGCCGCCCAAUCGCCGAGCAGCGCCACCGGCGGCAGCAGCAACGCCUCCACUCCCGUUUCCGUGGUCACCAAAGGCGAGGACUGAACGCUCCGUGAUAUUUGGAUUCGUCGUUAUGUACAUACAUAUGUGUAGAUAUCUAGUUGUAUUUAUGGUUAUAUAUUAUAUAUAGUAGCCCACGCACUGUAUCAUACAUGGAGCUUUGUCUAUGGCCAAGGUUAACGUAGUCGUAACAGCCUAAGAAUUAUUACUAUCUAUCUGUAAGUGAUCUUCGAGCGUAAUUAGCCACAUGCGAAUAGCUGUAAUGCGGACAUAUGGUAGUCUACCCACUAAG